CUUUUGGUGCUGCCUCGGAUGGGAGGACAAGCCGCUGCCGGGAAGAUGAAAGUAGUGGAGGAGCCCAACAGCUUCGGGCUCAACAAUCCCUUCCUGCCUCCCUCGAACCGCCUCCAGCCCAAAGCGGCCCCCUCCCCUCUGUCAGGUCCUGCACAUCUUUUUAGACUGGCAGGCAAGUGCUUCAGUUAUGUGGAGUCUUUGUACAAAUAUGAGUUCUGCCCAUUCCAUAAUGUCACACAGCAUGAGCAGACUUUCCGGUGGAAUGCCUACAGUGGGAUUCUCGGAAUCUGGCAUGAAUGGGAAAUUGAAAACAAUAUGUUUGUUGGGAUGUGGAUGAGAGAUGGAGAUUCAUGUGAAACCAAGAACAGACAGACAAAGGUUCUUCUUGUAUGUGGAAAGAACAACAGAUUGGCUGAUGUGUCUGAACCAAGCACUUGUGUUUAUUCUCUUACAUUUGAAACUCCACUUGUUUGUCACCCACAUUCUCUCUUAGUGUACCCAGCUUUGCCUGAAACCCUCCGGAGAAAGUGGGAUGAAGUGGAGCAGUUGCGUCAUGAUGAGCUAAUCACAAAACAGGGAUACAAGAAACGGUUGAGAGAGAUAUUUGAAGAAGCUAGUUUUAAAUUUACAGGAGAGAAAGUGAGUGAAGGAAAGAGAACAAAACCUCAAAAUCUGGAAUUCCACUCGCUGGAAAAGUGCAAUAAGGUGUGUGAGAGGUUGCUGAAAUGCAUAGCGUCAGGGAAUGUGGCCCAGCACUUCUGUGGAUGAGGGUUCUUUGUGAAG